AUGUUGAAGGUAGCACCCUGCAAUUUAAGAAGUGUCCCUAUCUAACUUCUCUCUAAGCUUUCUCCUUUCCCUUUCUAAACUUUCUUCUCCCUUCCCUUUCUUCAUACACACUUUCUCAGCUGCAUGCUUGUCUGGGCUGCGAGUGAAGACAGACAUCACCCUUCUCUGUUUAUAGGAAGAGUUUAGGCUGGAAGAGUGAAAUCAGAUAAGCAACCUUACUUUAGACUGCAGGAAAUUUGCAGCCAACUAUUGACACCAGCAGUCUGGGACUUGGAGGCCUGCAGCCUGCUAAGGAUCACUCAUCUCCGUUAAGAACUUGUCCGGCAGGAGGGAGAUGAAAGGAUUUGCUGCUGUUUGAGACACAGCAAAGAUCUCCAAAACAUUGACUUGCUUUACAAUUGUUUGUUAACAAAUGCAACCUAGGCAACAGACAAUGCCAUAUUUGGCAGUGCUGCUAGCACUGCUGCUAGCUCCCUUUUCUGAGACACUUUCCUUGGAACACCUCAGGCAUUUAGACUGGCAGAGGGACAUGCGACCAGGCCAGCGGUGUCCUGCAAAGUGCCUUCGUGAGCAUUGCCCAGAUGCUAGGCUGCUCCAGAGCUGCAUAUGGGGUCAGAUCCGGGAUCUGUGUGGGUGUUGUUGGGAAUGUGGGAAUGGAGAGGGCCAGCUUUGUGACCCUGAACCCAGGACUGGAAGCACAUUUUUUGGCCAGUGUGCUGAGGGACUGCGCUGUAAAGUCCAACGUAGGGACCCCACAAUGAAGGCAGACCCCAAGCCUGUGUGUGUAUGUGAAAAACAGGAGAUUUUGUGUGGUACAGAUGGGAAGACAUAUGAGAACAUAUGCCAGCUAAGAGCAGUACAACGCAAAUUGGGUGAGCAGAGAAAAGUCAUGAUAGCGCAUCAUGGACCCUGCCGAGCAAAGCCAGUCAUCACCUAUGCUCCAGGAGACAUCAUUGCUCUGGAAGGAAGCAACAUUCUUCUAUCCUGUGAGGUGUCGUCGUACCCAGCAGUCUCCAUCCAGUGGAAGAAAGAGGGAGACAAUACAUUCCUUGCGUUUGAGGAUUCAAACAGAGCCAUGCAGGCGAGCGGAGGCCCGCGGCGUUUUGAGCUCACUGGCUGGCUUCAGAUCCACAAGGUCGGCCGUGAUGAUGCAGGGGUGUACACAUGUGCUGCCAGGAACACCUUCGGUGAAACUUCUGCCUCCGCAAGAUUACGGGUUAUACACAGAGGGUCCCAGAGUGGCAGAGAGCUUCCAGCAAGAAAAAAUGAAGCUCACAGACCAUCUAUCAAUGAAGCUGAGAGUGAAGAUGAUGAAGAUUACGAGGGACAACCAAGCGGAAAUAUGUAUUUGUAAGAUGUACAGUUUCAUUUAUCAAAGUUCCAACUGCAUUUCAGCUCUGCAUAGCAUCAUCACUUCUGUAAAAUAGUUGGUGCGUUAUUUGAACAAGUACCUGUUAUCUGAGCACUGUAAAUAAACACUUAUAAUAUCUUUCUAUAUUAAUUUUAAACUGAACACACAGAAUUAUCUAGCUAAUGUAAAUUCUUUUCAUUUUAAGAUCAUAGUUAAUAUUUUGUAAAAAAAAAAAAAAAAAAAAAAAAAAAAAAGAAAAGUGGAUUUUACUCAUAGUUAAUUAAUUAAUGCUUGCCAUAUACUUGCAGUUGUUUUUCCCACACGGCUUUCAUAUAACUCUUAGCAUCAUCAUAUGAUACAUUUUUUGUGCCUUUGUGUGUGUACUUGCAUGUAUUUGUAUCCAUCAAAAACUUUAUAAAAGCUGAAAAACAAUA